AUUCCAGAGGGAUUUAUUUUAAGCAAGGAAGACUAGAAGGUAACAAAUACAUGAAUUUAAGAAAUAAAGUACUAUAAUACAGAAUUUUAUGCCUCAUGUCCCUGUGUGUAAAUUUUAUCCAUUUCUGCGCCCCUCAAAUCAUAAGAGUAAACAGCUCUCUUCCCUGAAUUGGGGACAUUUCAAGCUCCUCUCUGGUGAAUCAUUAAAAACCCACGUAGCGCAGAAGCAUUUUCUUCAUCACUGAACUUGGCUGCAAAGAGGCGAGUGAGUAGAGAAAGAAAAACGAUACAAAAAUCAAACCAAAACCAAACCUUGCAGAACUUGGCUGAAUGUCCUCCUGAGUUACUCAUUCAAAUUUUAAACUUUUAAAUUUCACUUUAACUUUAUGUUAGUGGCCUUUCUUUCAUUCUGCUCUUUAAGUUGAAAAGAUAAUGAAUCUCAAAUCUCAGAAGGUGCUUUGUGGGGGGUAUGAAGGCUUUCCAAAAUAAUAUUGUGAACAUAAGUUAUUUGGACAGUUAUGCUUUCUAAGGACCUCGCAGUCACUUCCUCCGGAUUUUUGGGAAGUUUGAUGGCUCUCUUUGACCGAGGAUUGUAAACUCUGAUCUAGCCUGCAGGGUGAAUCCCCAUAGGGGAGAGAGAACAGCCCCUGGCUCUCAGGCUCUCAGUUGUAGGAAGGCUCCACCUAGCGCAGAGUGAGAUGGGAGUAGGGAGCAGAGAGGAGAGUGGAGCUGGCUGUGGGCCGAUGACUUGAGUUGCUUGAAGUUAGCCAGACAGGAAGGACAAGCUGUGGUGAUACUUUGAUUUAAAUUGGUAUAUGAUUUAUACACUCUGUUAGAACAGCUGCUUUCUUCCCCUAUUCCUCUAACAGGCUGGUUCAUUGCUGGAGAUGACUGUCAGCUGCCUUCUCUGCAUAGUCACCGUCACAUGCCUCACCGCUGGAGCCUGGGAAGCCUGACCACAGACCAGCAUCUCCAAGGCAUGAAUAAUUAGGUAGGCAUAAUGGAAGGCACUCAUUGCACCCUGCAGUUGCGUAAACCCAUUACAGAACUCUGCUACAUCAGCUUCUGUCUUCCAAAGGGGGAAGUCAGAGGAUUUUCAUACAAGGGCACCGUAAUUCUAGACAGAUCCAAUAAAGGUUUUCAUAACUGCUACCAAGUCAGGGAGGGGUCAGACACUGUCAGCCUCAGUCAGCAGCAGAACGAACUUCCAGGCGACAUAUUUUUCAAGCAGACUCCCACGAAAGACAUUCUAACUGAGCUAUACAAACUCUCAGCAGAGAGGGAGCGAUUGCUGGCCAAUCUGCGGAGCUCGGACCACAUCCUAGGCAUUUCCAUGGGGAACGAGGAGGGGAAGCUGCUGGAGCUGUCUGUGAGACUGGCGCCUGAGGACAGCUGCUCCCACGGCGCUGGGGAUCUGUGGAGGGAGCCCUCUGUGGGCCCGCUCAAUAAGAGGAGUGCCCACGGGAGCAGAAAGCCCCGGAGGCUUGGCGGAAGGAGAGAGAGCUUUGAUGUGCCGAAGCGAACAAGAAGGAAAGGGCGUGGAGGCCAGGAAUCCACUCCUCAGAUGGGGAAGGGCCAGAUCUGUUCCAGCCAUUGCCUUCCUCCUUCAGGAGUCCCGCUUAACCAUCGGCUUCUAGAGGAAAGGGGAAACUUGGCUCCACAUGGGGUGCUUACAUGUUCCCUGCAGAGGAGAGAAAGCUGCCCCACAGAGAUCCCCUGGACACCGGGUGCAGACCUGGGCUCUGCGAACUCUGGGAUGGUCUCAGAGCAACCUGCCCUUGGAAGAGGCACACCAUCCGCUCACAGUCAUUCCACAGAAGCAGGAGGCGAUGGUGUCCCAGAUGCACCCAGCAGGCCUCACGGGCUGGAGCAUCCACAGACAGGUUUGCCUGAAAGUCAGGAGGAUGCUAAGAAGCAUCCAGAAGCACAGAGGGCUGGCCUGGGAAAAUUGGCUGAGCAGACCUGCAGGAGAAAACCUGUUUCCAGAGUGGUGGCCAAAGUCCAGGAUCUGUCCACUCAGGUGCAAAGAGUAGUUAACAUGCCUCCUGAGGUUGAGGAAGAAAUUGCUGCUUACCAAGAGGUCAAAGUUGAAUUUAUUCCCAAAGUGGACCUGCUCACCCUCCCAGGAACGAAGGCUGAGGCUCAUAGCUCUGGGCCGCAGGGCAAGGAGCAGCAAGGGGCCAGGCCACUGCAGCCGCUGGCCGGAGAAAUCACCUCUGUUUCUAGGUUACCAGCCAGUGCUGACGGGGCUGUGAACAAGGUCCUCCUGAAGGUGAUUGAGAGUGAGAAGUUGGAUGAAGCCACCAAAGGGAAGAGGCUGGGUGUCCCCCUCAACACCGGGGCCACCCAUGACCUCCCAGAAACCAGAAGUAAGAGGAGAGCUGGGGUACCCCAGAGGGGCCACAAAACCUUGUUUCCAGAUCCACCCUGCACUGCAGAUCCUGGCUCCUCACAAUGCAGAGGUGAUGAGAGGAUGCAGUCGCCCCCACUCCCAGCAGCUCCUGGCCUGGGGUUUAAUAAUUCAUCCCAGCAGCCACCACACAAGCAGCUGCCACCUGCUCCCUCACCUCUCCAUCCAAGGUGUCCCAGCCCUCAACAGCACCACAGGGUCCUCCUGCUCCCUCCACUGCCUGGAGAGACAGAAGCGGCUCUUAAUGACUCUCCUGGUAGACAGAGUGAUAUCUUCUCAGAGCCCUCCUUUUCUGACACAUUGGAGCCACCAUCUUCUGAAAGGGUCACGGAGACCGAAGGAGCCAGCCCAGCCUCCAUCAGCGCAGGCCAACCUCGGCUGGUACCUGGGGAGACUCUGGAAAGGAGCUUGGGGCCAGGGAAGACCCCAGCUCAGCCUCAGCAGCAGGCGUCUCCAGGUCAGUGCUUGUUUAAGAUGCUUGGCUCUGUCUUUGGGUGCAGUGUGAGUGUUUGUCUUCAGAGGCUGGGCAGUGAACAUUGGAAUGGAAGUAACUGA